AUGGCAGGCAAUGACUCUUCAGUGUACAAGAUCAAUGAUAGGGUCAUUUUAGUUCAGGUUUUUGUUGCACUUUUUCAUUGCAUCAACUUUUUGCUGAUCACAAUUUUCUUUAUGAAGGAGUUCUUCUACACAACCAUGCGUUACAUCUUAUUUGCUAUCACACUACUGUCUGACAGUCUGUUUUUAUUUAUGACAGAUAUCCUGCUAAUUUUGAGCUAUUUUCACUUCACCAUACAAAUGUGGCUUUGCCUUAUUAUUUAUAUUGUUUUGUCUGUAUACACAUUUGUCACACCAGUUACUCUGACAGCAAUGACCCUGGAGCGCUACGUGGCCAUUUGCAUGCCCCUGCGCCAUGGAGAGCUGUGCUCCACACGCAGCGCUCUGCACUGCAUCCUCAUUAUUCACAGUCUCAGCUCUGUCCCCUGCAUUGUUGUUCUCUCCAUCUUCUUUGCAUCUGCAACCCACAGCUUCUACACCCAGGGCAGAAUAUGCUCUGUGGAAAUCUUCAUCUUUCACACCUGGCAGGGUCAUCUUAGGUCAACGAUAAGUCAAUUUUACUUCUUGAUUAUGUGUAUCGCCAUUGUGUUCUCUUAUGUUAAAAUAAUGAAAGUGGCCAAAGCUGCAUCAGGAGAGGAAAAAAAGUCAACAAAGAAAGGGCCCAGAACAGUGGUUCUUCAUGCUUUCCAGCUGCUCCUCUGUCUCAUCCAGCUGUGGUGCCCAUUCAUAGAAGCUGCUGUGCUUCAGAUUAAUUUAAUGUUGUUUAUUAAUGUCAGAAACUUUAAUUACAUUACUUUUAUUCUUGCCCCGAGAUGUUUGAGUCCUCUCAUUUAUGGCCUCAGGGAUGAAAAGUUUUUUCAUGCACUGAAAAGCUGUGCUCUCUGUGGUUUGUACAAGAAACAAUGA